GUGAGUUUAUUAGAUACCCAAUGAAAUAAUUGCAUCGACUAACCUGUUCGCCUACUUGGAUUCGAUGAUGUUUAUAAAUAUGCGAAUCUGACAUUUUACUCACGUAUUAUUUAAUUUAUUCACUUGAUAUAUUACCGUAAAUAGAAAAGAUGCAUAAAUAAUUUAAAAAAUACAUUUAUAGUUAUAGACGAGCGAAUAACUGCGUAAUGCAACGCAAAAUAAUAUUUUAACUGUACAGUAUUUAUUUUAAUUAUUGAGGUGAAGUGUAUGUUUAUUUAAUAUUAAUAUAAUAACAAUAUUAAAAAAAAAAAAAAAAGAGUAAAGAAAAAAAAUGACAAGUGGCCAAAGUGGGCAUGAUCAUUCGUUUACAAUACGCCAAGAAAUUCAACGUUUUGAAAGUGUUCAUCCAUCUAUUUAUGCUAUUUACGAUUUAAUUGAUCUUAUUUCUGACACACAAAUUGCUAAGCAAAUAAGAGAACAUGUUGUAGCUAUUGAAGAUUCAUUUGUCAAUAGUCAUGAGUGGACACUCGCGAGAGAUGUACCAGAGUUGCAUUUGGGAAUUAUUGGUUCCUGUGAUUCGGGUAAAUCAGCACUGGUACAUCGGUAUUUGACAGGAUCAUUUAUGCAUGAAGAAUCUCCGGAAGGUGGUAGAUUUAAAAAGGAAAUUUUUGUAAAUGAUCAAAGUUAUUUAUUAUUGAUUAGAGAUGAAGGUGGUGUCCCUGAAUCACAGUUUUCAUCGUGGAUUGACGCAGUUCUAUUGGUAUUUAGUUUAGAGAGUGAAGAAAGUUUUUCAAUUCUUUGUAAUUAUUAUAAUAAAAUGUGUUCAUUUCGUAAUAUGACAGAUGUACCAAAAAUUCUAGUUGGAGUACAAGAUUCAAUCAACGAUACAAAUCCUCGUGUUAUUAAGGACGUAAGACCACGUAAAUUAGCAUGUGAAUUACGUUGUCCUUAUUACGAAACCUGUGCCAUUUACGGAUUAAACGUAGAACGAGUAUUUCAAGACGUAUGUCAGAAGAUAAUCCUAAAAAUGUCUGAUAAACCGCAACCGUCACAACGAUGUAAUGGUAGUCAAAGUUCUAGUGAAAAUGUACAACAACAAGAACCAAGAUACUCAAUACCUAUGAUUACUAAAUCUGUACUAUCAUCAUCUACUAAAGAUUCAGAUACGAGUAGUCCCUCAAAACUUAGUAUUACAACAGAUAAAGCAGAAGAAUUUAUACGGCCCACCCAAGAUAAUAUAAUCCAGUGUGAUCCAGUUAUUACUAACGACACUAGUUUUCAGUAUAUCCAAGCUCCACACUCGGAAUUUCGGACAUCUAUUUUAACGCCGACAACCAUCAGAAAGUUCCGUAGAAAAUCAAACAUCUUCACGCCGUCUAAGAAGGAAAAGUACAAUAUGGAAGAGAUGGGAGUUGGUAGAGAAAUUCCAGUCAAGCAAGGGUAUCUCUUUAAGCGAAGUAGCAAGUCGUUGAAGGAACGCAAGAAGAAAUAUGUGACUCUGUUGGAAGACGGAAGGUUGACGUACCAUCCAAGUCUUCAUGACUACAUGAAUGAUAUUAAUGGCAAAGUUAUUCUCUUGCAGUAUGUCACAGUAAAAGUACCUGGGAAAACACCAAAAGGUUCCAAGUCAACCUCCACUCAAGACGAUAGCUUUGAGUUUGCGAUAAUAUCAUUAGAAAACAAAACUUGGAAUUUUGAAGCAAGUAAUGCUGAUGAUCGUGACAGCUGGAUUGCCGCAAUCGAACAGCAGAUCUUGUCAAGCUUGCAGAACAGCGACGCUGAUAAAAAAAAUGAAACUGAAGCCUUUAAAAUGCACUGUAUUAAAAACAAAGUCUCUGGUAAUGAUGCCUGCGCUGAUUGCGGUGCUCCCAAUCCUCAUUGGGCAAGUCUCAAUCUUGGAAUUUUAGUAUGCAUUGAAUGUUCAGGAAUUCACAGAAAUUUAGGCUCACAUAUAUCCAAAAUCCGUUCAUUAGAUCUAGAUGACUGGUCUGCUGGUCAGUUGAGUGUCAUGCUGGCACUUGGCAAUGACAUUGCUAAUGGAGUUUGGGAGUAUUGCCUUAAUGGCAAAGUGAAACCUCACUCAGAUUCACCUCACGAGGCUAAAGAACAAUGGAUUCGUUGGAAGUAUGAGGACAAAGCUUUCUUACCACCUGCAAACCCAAAUAUUUCUAUUGGAAAAUUGCUCAUCGAUUCUGUGUGCCGAGGUGACAUGAGAGCUUUCACUUUGUGCUUGGCAAAAUGUACGUAUGAAGACAUAAAUAUUUCUGUUAGCAACGAAGAUUUGAGAACACCUUUACAUCUAGCUUGUGCUACGGGAAACUUGGCCAUGGCUCAAUUAUUAAUAUGGCACAAGGCAAACCCCCAAAAUCUUGAUCACGAAGGUCGUACCUGUAUGUCAUACGUCAGAGCGUUAGAGAGAACUCUGGAUAACACCUCAGAUUCAAUAGAGAUGCAGAAACUAUUAGAAGUAUUAGAACAGGCAAGUAUAUCUAGUAUGGAUGACACUGAAACAACCCAGUAUUAAUGAAGACACAUUUGUUUGCUUAGUAUAUAGUAAAUGAUAAGAAACUUGAUAGAUAUUUACUAUUAAGUUAUUUAUCUUUCGACUACGUUGGUACUUAUUUUAUUUUAUAAUUUUAUUCCACCGACUUGUUUUUUUAUUUUAUUUAAAAAUGAUAACUCUGUUUUUAGCUCAUCUUAUAUAUAUAUGUAUAAGUAUUUUUAGAUUUUAUUAACUGAAAUUUUAUUGUAUCUAGAUGAAUUUUAACUUGCUUUUAACUUUUAUUUUUUUUUCUCAAUAUUUAAUGAUUUUAGAAAUUUUAAAUAAAAUAAUAUAUAUACACAUGUAUGUAUGUAUAUUGUGCAAGUCGCCUAUUUUAUAUUAAAUGUUUUAAUUAUUUAAUUAUAAAAUUAAUACGUCACUUGGAAAGUAAUAAAAACAUCACAACUCGGUAAUAGAAGAAAUGAUUUAUAGAUCAAGUAUAAUCGAGUGUAAUUUUUGUCAAUGACUGAGAAGUACAAAACACUCCAUAAAUCUAGUUAAUAUAUUUAUAUAUUGAAAUGUACGUAUUCAAAUAUGCUUUUAUCAUUCACAUGUUAUUUGAAUAUAAUUGUAUUGUCUCGUAAA